CAGAAACAUUUGAUUCUCGCAUCACACAGAUCAUACAACAUCACGACAUACCCAGAAUGCCUGUUUUGCAAAAGAAAAUACUGCUUGAUAUCGAGGGAACUGUCUGCUCGAUCUCGUUUGUCAAAGAUGUUCUCUUUCCAUACUUUCUAAAAACUGUCCCCUCAGUGCUGCAACUCCACUUCACCGCAAACCCCCCUCCAGACCUACAGCCCUACAUCGACGCCUUCCCUCCCACCUCCCGCACAAGCUACGACGUGCUCCACCAGCACAUCCGCGAGCUCACACUCGCGGACAAGAAAGUUCCCGAGCUGAAAGGGCUGCAGGGCUACGUCUGGCGGCGCGGGUACGAGUCCGGCGAGCUCAAGGCGCCGCUGUUCGACGACGUGUAUGAUGCGUUCAGGAUCUGGACCUCGGCGGAGUCAACGGCGGCGGAGAGGAAAGGAGUGUUUAUCUACUCCUCUGGAUCGGUCGACGCGCAGAUUUUGCUGUUUAGUCACACGGAAAAAGGCGAUCUGACGCGGGGAAUUCAGGGAUACUAUGAUACCGUCAACGCGGGGAUGAAGCAGGACAAGUCCUCGUACGAGAAAAUCGCGGAUACGAUCGCGGCCGGGGAGCAGAAAAACAAUAUCCUGUUUCUGAGCGAUAACGUUAAAGAAAUCGCGGCGGCCAAGGAAGCGGGACUCGAGGCGUUUGUGGUCGAGCGGCCAGGUAAUGCGCCUUUGACGGACGAAGAUCGUAAAGCUCAUAUAGUGAUUGAGAACUUUUCGAGUCUGUUAUAAGUCUUUGUCUUUAUAGCUACUACGGUUACGAGGCGAUCAAAAAUGUAUGAUAGCAUACUCAUGACAAACUCACUCUACGAGGAAACAAAAGAUGGUGGGACAACUAAUAAAUUGAGAGAAUA